AUGAACGACUUUGCCUUGAUGACAGCUUUACUUCUCUGCUGCUUCUGUUUGAUUUCCGUCUCAGGUUCUGAGUCUCAGACUGUGGAGGUCCGGUCUGGUGAAGAAGUCACUCUGCUGUGCUCCAACUUUUCAACCACUGCCACUCAGAUAGUCUGGUUCAGAGUGGUCAAGAGAUCCCGGCUGCACUGUGUCUCCUAUAUGUUCAAGUCUCUUAAGCCUGCUACAUACUGUGAUGGAUUUGAAAAUGGAAAGUUUGAAAUGACGUUCAACACUGCUACCUUUUUUCUCACAAUCAAACAAGUGAAUUCAUCUGACGCUGGACUGUAUUUCUGUGGAUAUUACAUCAACAAUAAUAAUAAACAAGCUAUUGUGCAUGCCACAUUUCUUGAUGUACAAGACGUGUUUGACGGUAUAACCUAUCUGCCGAGUGUGAUCCUGGGCGGUCUGACUGUUUUCUUCAUUGUGAUCAGCAUUUUUCUGGCUGUUAAAAACAAAAACCUGCAGAAAGCUCAUGUUGAAGAGCAGAACGCACAGCAGACACAGAAUCAGGACUCAGGUGAGCUGAACUACGCAGCUGUGACUUUUCAUUCAAAAACAAAAAGAAACUACCAGCCAGCAUCAGAGAGAGAAGUGGAAACUAAUACUAUUUAUUCGGCCACUAGAUAGACUUAGGAAGCACCUGAAACUGAUACGAAGAAAAUCCUGCAAAACGUACAAUAUUAUAUUUAAAGCAGAUUUCGUAUUCUUGUACGCAUUUCCAUCUGUAGGCAAAAUUAUAACACGCUUGAUGUUUGAGUAGCCAGUAAAAAAAGAUUCUAUUUUUAGUUUGGGGAGACUUUGAUGGAGGUUUGCAACAGUUCAGUUUCAAGUUGUUGAAGCUGUCUUUUCAACCACAAAACGUGUGGUGAAGUAUCUUGUUAUUUAAAAUUAGCAACACUUCACUUGACUGACAUGAAGAGAAGCACAGUGCGGUUGGAACAAAGACAGAGAAAACUGAACAGUGGUUUACUGUCAUCUGUCGAGCAGUCAUGGAUCAGUC